AUGUUUCAAAACGGUGACAGCAAUUACCCAGGGAAUACGCAAGGCUUUCCAAAUAGUGAUCAGAGUAAGCCGCUGUAUCAGGAACCAUCGAAGCCUUUAAAUAAUUUUAAUCCCGCUGACAAUUAUCCAGAGUAUCCGCCGAAUGGAUAUCAGAGCGGCCGUCCCCAAUACGAGCGGCCAAGUGGUAUCAAUAAUAUCUACCAGGGAAAUAAUCCCGGCUACAGUCGCCCUGGAAACUAUCAAAUUAGACCAAAUCAGAUUAAUAAUCCCCAAGGAAAUGUAUGGAAUAAUGCAAAUGAGAAUCCGGGAAUGAAUUAUCCAGGUGGUACGCCAUUUUUCCCCGGGAAUAGUGCUCAGAAUCCACAAUAUCAACGACCAGGUGGAGGUUUCACGGGAAAUCCCUCUAAUGGAGUUCCGGCUUACUACCGUCCAAGACCAGGCAUGGGAAGCAAUUGGAUCAAUAGGAAACCAAAUGUUAAAUAUGAUCCAGAUGUACAGGAACCUCAAGUAAUGGGUUGGAAUCCUAAUGUAUAUCCGAAUAAUGCUUAUCCAAACCAAAUUAACGUUCCCGGAAACCAGAUGCAGACGCAGGGCGUUCGGCCAGGGUUUGACCAUCGUAACCCCGGCUUAAAUCAAGGGCAGACGAUCCAAUAUCCGUCGGGAGACUCCCACAAUUACAGACCAGGAUUUCAAAAUGUUGGCUUAUUUAAUCCGUCCCAACGUCCCAAUGGAUUAAACAAUCAAUUACCAAGCUUACAGUACACGCCAAACUUUGACCAGAAUUUAAAUUACCCCGACCCUAAAAAUAGCGACUUGAAUAGAAACAGACAAAAUAAGACAGAAAAAGUUACAAUACCAGCCCGGCCAUCCGAUAUAUCCUUACAAACAGUACAUAAAAGUCCUAGUCGUAUGAAACAAUGCGUCCAGGACUGUCCCACCACUAGCGACUACAGUCCGCGCUGUGGAAGCGAUAACGUGACAUAUUUUAACGAGGAGAAAUUCCAGUGCUCCCUAAAAUGCGGUUUCGAUUCAUGUCAACGUCUGGGCUGGGUGUAUUCAAAGAGAAAGACGGGACAAGUUGUUAACAAGUUAGUUUUUAACUCGCUAGUUUUCCUUGAGAACACCGUUCUGGUCCUCAUGUUACUGCAAGCCAUGUGA